CCCGGAAGUCCUGUAUUUGACGGUUUUCUCUCAACUUCGAGGAGGUCACCUCUGAGAAAUGGUCCACAUGUCCUCUGAAGAGGAGACAUCGCGGACGUCAUCUUCUCCAUCCUCUCCCUCCUCAUCCUCAUCUCUUCCUACCUUGCACUUCAUUGGGAAGAAGGAGGACAUUGUCAGAGCCCGGCGGGUGACCAAGCUUGUGAACGGCUGCAGAGAAGUGCUGGUCUUGUACCACCAAGGGCAGCUUUAUGCAAUGGACACGCGUUGUUACCAUUCUGGUGGUGACCUACAGGAUGGAGAUAUUGAGGAGUUUAAUGGACGCCUGUGUAUUGUGUGUCCGUGGCACAAAUACAAGAUCACACUAGCUGAAGGAGAAGGACUUUACCAAGCCGUGGAGAACCCUACAGUCAAACCUCUGAGGACUCAUUGGUGCUCCAAAGGUGUCAAACAAAGGAUUCAUAAAGUGACUGAAAACAACGGGGAYGUGUACGUAAUGCUGAAUGACUCCAUCGAUCCCAUUGAAUCAGACAUCUACCAGACUGAGAAAUACAGGACUGCUUGCUUUAAAGUCCAGCCAAAAGUCAAAUCCAAGAAAUUAUAAGAUCAUAAAGGAGUUUUUCAUUGAACAAACAAAAGUUACUUCUGGGAAACCUUUGUCUGUCUUUUAAAAAGAAAAUUUCCCCUCAUGUCAUGAGGUGUAGACAUGAAGAACAUGAGUUAUCUCAUGAGGUAGGACAGAAAGAAAUAAAAGAGAAUUUAUACAAAUGUGGUUGAUUUUAAUUUAUUUUUUUAUUUUAUUCUUUAUUUAUUUAAAAUCCUUAUACAGUAUACAAUUACAAAUAGAAUAAACUGUAUGUAUCAGAAUUUUAAAUGGAUUUGUUUGGUUAAAAAUAAAUGUGUGUCUUUUCCCACAGAGGAGAAUUUA